UCAGCUCAGCACAUCCCACUAUGCUUUGCGAUGGGCUGACAAGUGGAUCCAAGAUGGCGUAGAAAGUAAAGCUAGACGUUUUGUCCCUGAGUCAUGGCGGACAGGAGAGCGGAGAAGUCAUGUGAAGAAGCCAGCAGAUCGUUAGCUAGACGGGAGUACGAGGCGGCAGUCAACCACAGCACGGAUGCCCUGGUGGUCCUUGCACCCCAAGCCCCAUCCUCAAGUGCCCCUGUCCUGUCGAGCCCUCCAUCCCACGUCGCCACUGCCGGACCCCUCCGCAGCAGAGCACUGCUUUACCGAAUUGCUGCUUUUCUACAGCUGAAAAACUAUGAUGAAGCAGAUGAGGACUGUAAACAUGUACUGGCGGAGGAAAUUGCCAGGGGAGAUGGCUCACUACAGGCGAGCUUACGCUCCAUGCUGUUGGAUGGUAGCCUGCAGGAGGUGGCCAACAUCCUCUCUAAAGCCCUGUAUGGAGAGCCAAUGAAUGGCAUUGUUGCAAAAGAUCUGACCAGAUUAAAAAUGCUCUUCUCUGAAAUAGAGGCUAUAAACAGGGAGAUGCCGCCAGAAUACACAGAUGAUCAGGAUGAAGAAAUCCAAGAUGGCUGGCAGUUCCGGCCCCCUCCCAGAGGAGUCACCAGCAGUGAGGAGUACACACUCUGCAAAAGGUACUUGGAGCAGGGUCUGUGUCGAUAUGGGGCGCAGUGUACAUCAGCCCACUCGCAAGAGGAGCUGAUGGAGUGGCAGAAGCGCUAUGCGUCACGCCUCAUCCGCCUCAAACAGCAGCAGGAGAGCAAACACUUCACAGAAAACUACAUGGAGACCCUAAUAGAGAAGUGGAUGAACUCCCUCUCCCCAGAGAAAGUGCUAAGUGACAGUUUAGAAGGAGUGAACGUAGAGACCAGCUCCAGCCUCUCGGUUACCGUCACCACCAAAAAAUCUGCCCACUCCUGGAUCUUCUCCUUGUUGUGCAAGCCUCCUAGAAAGCUGUAUCGCAUUGCUCUGCUCUAUGAUGCCCACCGGCCACACUUCUUCAUCACAGGCGUGUCAGCUGCAGAGCGGUUCCAAGCCGUUCCUAAAGGCUGCCAGGAGUGGACAGCAGGAGAGGAGACAUCAGUGGCAGCAGACAAUGGCCUGGACCACUGUGUCUACAAGGUGGCAGUGGGCUUCAGCACAGAGAUCUUCGGCACCUUCCGACAGACCAUAGUUUUUGACUUUGGCUCAGAACCUGUGCUGAUGCAGCGGAUCAUGGUGGAUGCUGCCUCUAUUGAAGACCUAGAACACCUAAUGGCAGCCAGGCAGCAGCUUUUGAUGACUGCAAAGCGCUGGGACUCUUCCUGCAAGACCAUUGUUGAGUUCAGUCCCAAUGAGACGAUGGCUGAACUGGAGCGCAGCCUCCUUUCCCGCUAUCAGAUACCUCUGUCAGCAGAUCAGCUCUUCACCCAGUCAGUCCUGGACAAGACCCUGACCAAAGACAACUACCAGGCCCGGCUGCAUGACCUGCUCUACAUAGAGGAGAUCGCACAAUAUAAAGAAGUCAGCAAGUUUAACAUCAAGGUGAACCUGCAGCUGGUUACUAGCUUUAUGCUGACAGGCAUCUCUGUUGGAGCCAAGUAUGCCCAGAAUGGACAGCUCUUUGCACGUUUCAAACUCACUGAAACACUUUCUGAGGAUACACUGGCUGGGCGGCUUGUGAUGACCAAGGUGAACUCAGUACUGCUGCUGCCACUGGGCCGUGAGUGCAUCAGCAGCAAGCCACCUCCUGGGGUCAAAGAGCGUGUUUAUGAGGCUGUCAUUGAGGAGAAGACUAAGGAUUACAUCUUCCUAAGGAUCUGCAAGGACUGCUGUGAGGAACUGGGGCUGCUGCCUGACAGAGAAUUACAGGUGGAGCUCCAGUUCCAGCUGAACAGACUGCCACUCUGUGAGAUGCAUUAUGCCCUGGAUCGCAUCAAAGAUAAUACCAUCCUUUUCCCUGAUGUUAGCCUUGUCCCCACCAUCCCCUGGAGCCCCAACAGGCAGUGGGACGAGCAGCUGGAUCCCCGUCUGAAUGCCAAGCAGAAAGAAGCCAUUCUUGCCAUCACCACACCCAUCUCUAUUCACCUUCCUCCGAUCCUCAUCAUUGGGCCCUAUGGUACCGGCAAGACCUUCACCCUGGCACAGGCUGUCAAGCACAUCCUCCGCCAGGACAACAGCAGGGUCCUGAUUUGCACCCAUUCCAACAGUGCGGCUGACCUUUACAUUAAGGACUACCUUCAUCCUUAUGUUGAAGCGGGCAAUCCACACGCCAGACCUCUCAGGGUAUACUUCAGGAACCGCUGGGUGAAGACGGUCCACCCAGUAGUCCAGCAGUACUGUCUCAUCUCCAGCACACACAUCACUUUCCAGAUGCCCACAAGGGAGGACAUCCUCAGGCACCGCGUGGUUGUGGUCACCCUCAGCACCUCCCAGUACCUCUGCCAGCUUGACUUGGACCCGGGGUUGUUCACUCAUGUCCUAUUGGAUGAAGCAGCCCAGGCCAUGGAGUGUGAAACCAUCAUGCCUUUUGCUCUAGCUAGCAAGACCACCCGCAUUGUGCUGGCUGGAGACCACAUGCAGCUCAGUCCAUUUGUGUACAGUGAGUUUGCACGAGAACGUAACCUGCACGUGUCACUGCUGGACCGACUGUAUGAGCACUACCCCCCUGAAUUCCCCUGUCGCAUCCUGCUCUGCGAGAACUACCGCUCCCAUGAAGCUAUCAUCAACUACACAUCUGAAUUAUUUUAUGAUGGAAAGCUAAUGGCUAGUGGGAAGCAGCCCUCCCAUAAGGAUUUCUACCCUCUGACCUUCUUCACAGCCAGAGGAGAAGAUGUCCAGGAGAAGAAUAGCACUGCCUACUACAACAAUGCUGAGGUAUUUGAGAUUGUAGAGCGGGUGGAAGAGUUGCGCAAGAAGUGGCCGGUGGCCUGGGGUAAGCUGGACGAUGGCAGCAUCGGGGUGGUGUCACCGUACGCUGACCAGGUGUUCCGCAUCCGUGCAGAGCUCAGAAAGAAGAGAAUGCAUGAGGUCAGCGUGGAAAGAGUGCUCAAUGUCCAAGGCAAACAGUUCCGGGUGCUGUUUCUCAGCACUGUGCGGACACGGCACACCUGCAAGCACAAGCAGACAGCCAUCAAGCGUAAAGAGCAGCUAGUUGAGGACUCAACAGAGGACCUUGACUAUGGAUUCCUGUCUAACUACAAGCUCCUCAACACAGCCAUCACCAGAGCCCAGUCCCUGGUUGCAGUCGUGGGAGACCCCAUAGCACUGUGCUCUGUUGGGCGCUGCAGGAAAUUCUGGGAGCACUUUAUUUCCAUCUGCCACGAAAACUCCAGCCUACAUGGCAUCACCUUUGAGCAGAUCAAGGCUCAACUGGAGGCCCUGGAGCUCAAGAAGACCUACGUCCUCAACCCACUGGCCCCAGAGUUCAUCCCCCGUGCCCUGAGGCCUCUGCAAGGACACCACUCGUCUUCGCAGGCCCUCCAUCCCCACCAUCAUCCGCAUGCUCAGCAUGCUCAGCAUGCGCAGCCCCCCUCCAAUAAGCCGGGCCCACAGCAGCAGCAGCAGCAGUCUCCCCCUAAGGGAAAACAUGCAAACCACACCGACCAACUUCCACCUGAAGGAUAUGUCCAACCCAACCCAGCAGUGUUGAUGGGAAACCCUAUAAGGGCAUUUACACCACCUUUGGGAAGCACACCAGCUGGUAUGGGAAAGUCACCCAGUCCUGUGCAGAGGAUCGACCCUCAUACAGGUGCCAGUAUCCUCUACGUUCCAGCUGUUUACGGUGGAAACAUGGUCAUGUCCAUGCCCCUGCCUUUGCCCUGGCCAGGUUACCAGAAUCGCUUUACAAUGGAUCCUCGCAUCAUGAGCCACCCAGCAGCCAUGGCCUACAACUUUAAUCUGCUACAGGCACAGAAUCGAGGCUCUCCCAUCCCUUACAGUGGGGUGGCACACCCCUCUCCUCUAGGAAUGGGGCAGCCCAGCCCUGACAAGGAGGUCCAGGUUGACCCCAUCAGAAAUGGUAAACUGGAAGGAUGUCCUAAGUCAGAGCAGAGCCGUCUUCAGACCCCAGAGAGGAAACCAACAGAUAUGAAGGAAAAGCAGGGUGAUGUCGAAACAGGUCAAAGUCGAAGUCUGGAUUCACAGAUGGACGGACUAGUUGGUUAUCCCAAUGCAUUGCUCCAUCGAAAAGACCCCUCAGCUGCCCAAAGACCCCUCAACUAUCACCUGGCACCCCCAAGCCCAGGUUUUCCACAUCCUGCCAGUGGAAGAACCUUCCCCCAACAGUAUCCAGUCUCCAGACUCCCUUACCGGGUCAACCAGCCCCAACACCCAGGGAUGGCCCAACAAAGUCAGCAGCAGCAGCAGCAGCAACAGCUCAGUCCUGCCUACACAGGUGGAAGCCACAAUGCUUCCUUCUUCACUGGUCCCAUACCAACUCAUAGAUCUGUCCAGUCACCCACUUUGGAUGGGCCAGAAUCUGGAGGGGUGGAGGAGAUGAGUAGCUCCAUUAGGACUUCAAUUGCCCACCCAGGGGGCCACCACCCAGGCCUUUCACAGCAUAACAGGGUCAGCAGCUUUGGGGAGGAUGGACAGGAUGGAAACCUGGGAGAUGGUUUGGACCUCCAGGGUCCCUUGGCUUUAGAGGCCCUGAGCCAGCAGCAGCAGCAGCAGCAGCAGCAGCAGCAGGCGGCCAGACUCGGCCAGUGGGGGGAAGCAGCAGGCCCUUUCCUCCAGAGCAGCGUUGCUUUUCCUCUUCCUCAACAGCUUGCCCACCUUGCUCAGCCUGGCAUGGCUCGCUUCCCCCAUCAACUGCUCCGGGCAGCUAGUUGGGGCCUUAGUGCCAAUAUAGAUGAUGAAGCUGUACCUUCUGCCUCCACUGGGCCAACUUUCACAAGGUACCCAGGCCUUUUGAGAGAGAUUACCCCACAAGAUCAGCCUGAAGCAAGGGAAACAACUGAGAUGCAACCCCCUCCUCAGUCCCGACUCCUCCAGUACCGCCAGUCCCAGUCCCAGUCCCGUGCCUCAGGAGACCCCUCGUCCUCUUUAGCCACCAUCUCCAAUCAUGCUGGGCCUUUUCCAUCAGGACUUUAUUCCCAUGAGACAGGUCGCGAUCUCCUAAACGAGAACCUUCUCAACAAUCAAGCUCUGCAGCAGCAUCCAGGCAACCCCCUCUACAACACUGGUAGCUACCCACAUCAGCCACCAGCUCACUCUGCCAGCCCUCCCCCCUCACAGGUCAAAUACCUUUUGCAAGAUGCCCAGUGGUCCCACGGUGGAGCUGCAUCAGUGAGCCCACCACAGCAGAACCACCUGUUAGGGAACCAGGGUCAUGGCCUUCCGUACGGACUGCCAAUCAUGACCCACCCCAGCAGACAGGAGCAAGUCCACCUGAUGCAACUUCACCAUCAGCACCAGCAGCAGCAGCAGCAGCAGCAGCAGCAGCAACAUCAGCAGCAGCAACAACAUCAGCAGCAGCAGCAGCAACACCAACAAAAUCCAGGUCCAGACCAGGAGUCCUACCACCCACUGUCCCCCAGAACAUCAGCAGCCACAGCCCUUCACAGUGUAGAUGAGUAUGAACCCAGAGGUCCGGGUCGGCCUCUUUAUCAGCGGCGCAUCUCCUCCAGCUACCCAGAUGAAUCAUCUCCUGCCAACACCCACAAUGCCCUAUCCCAACAGCCCCAGCCCUGUACAUCAGACCCCCAGGACCACCCUCAUCCACACAUACAACAUCAUCAGCACCCACAUGUCCCCUACAGUUAUCCUCCACAUGACAACCUCUGGCCCACUAAUGGAGGGGGUCCUGCUCCAUUUCAGAAGAUACCAUGUAAUGGAACUGGCACGCUCGCUCAGCACCGGGACCUAAUGGCUUCCAAGGCUCUUCGUCAGACAGAGGAGCAGGUAAAGGCUGAAGCCACAGCAGCACAGCCGCCGCAUCCACACUCCCUCAACUCUCUUCAGCACCAGUUUCCCCCACUCAUGCCCAAUAACAAGAAGCAGCAGCAACAACCGCAGCAGCAGCAGCAGCAGCAGCAGCAGCAACAACAGCAGCAGCAACAGCAACAACAUCAACAACAGCAACAGCAACAGCAGCAGCAGCAGCAGCAGCAGCCGCCACCACCGCCGCCGCCACAGCCCCCCACAGAGCCCACCCAGGGCGCUCCAAACAUGAGCAAACCACCCACUAUGUCCUACGCAAGCGCCCUCCGUGCGCCCCCUAAGCCCCGAGCUGUUCGACCUGAACAGGCCAAAAAGAACAGCGACCCUCUCUCCCUCCUGCAAGAGCUGAGUAUAGGAAGUUCAAAUGGUAGCAAUGGGUACUAUUCCUACUUUAAAUGAGCAUCACUUCUCCCACAUAAUUCAUAAGUGAUGAGAUUUUUAACAAAAAAAAGAAAAAAAAAACAGCAAAAUUGUUUCUGAAAAAAUAUUUAAAAAAAAAAUAGUGCAAAGUGCAUUUAUAAAUUGUUUCUAUCAGUAGGUUUGUUUUCUGCAUUUUGUUUCAUUUUAACUUUUUAUUUGUAACAGUUGUUCUUUUUCCUCCUGUUUCACAUAUCUGUGAAGAAAGUAAGUAUAUAUAAUGAAUGCAUUACUGGUAUAUAUACAUACUCAUUAUGUAUAUAUGAAUAUAUACUUAUAUUAUCUACACUUGUAUAUGUACGUAAUGCUAAAAAACUGCAAAAAAAAAAUAAAAAUAAUAAUAAAACGAGAAAAAAAAACUAAAAAAAUAAAAAAAGAGUCAGUUGACCACUUAGCUACCUGCUUAUUUUUCCUCACUGUUGGUUUCUGAAGUUGCUUUUGUUGCUUACUAAAUAAGUAUGUUUUUAUUCUAUUUUUUUUCUACUCCUCAGUUUUGAGUGGACAUUACAUCUUGAUUUUCAUACUACUGUAGUCGUGUAAACAGACAAAGCUAAGUGGUCAGCUGACAGACAAACUACAUGGAACAGUGUAUAGAAGUAGAUAAAAAAAAAUUUCCUCUAAUCUGUACAUAUAAAGAAAAUAAAAGACUGAAUUGUAUGCCACAGACAUGUCCUUAAAUUCCUCUUUCAUGCUAGCAUUUGCAUCAUGAGUUCUUUUCUGUUCUUGGCUCCUCAUCUUUAACUCUUAGACAUCCUUACUCUGGAAUAGUCUUCAACAAUUUAGUAGUAAAUGUGAUAAUUUAUGGAGAAAAAAAAGACAGAUAUUUAAUUCACUUCAGUUUUAUUUAUAUAGCAUCAAUAACAAUAUGAAUUAUCUCAAGACGCUUUACAGAACCCGACCUGAAUAUUAAUUUUCACCAAGGUGUCAUCAGCGAGCAUACAGUGUGAACACAUAUUUGCUUUAAAGAUCAGAGGGCACCAGAACUUGUUUUUUGUUUUUUUUGUUUUUUAAAAAGACAUCCAAAACUGCUUUGCUUGUGGCUGUCAUGUUUCAUUUUAUUUUACUCAUUACAUGUUGGAGUCACUUCUCAGCUUACAUCAGGAUGGGAUGUCAGCAAGUCUUUACCAGGGUCUUGUUUCAGAACCUUCUGGGGGAUGUGAAAUGUGUAUUUUUUUUUUUUUUUUUGUUUUGUUUUGUUUAUGAUUUUAUUAAUGGACAGUUUUAAUUUCUUUGAGAAGUUUGCGGUAUUUUGAAGGUUUGAGUAAGUGAAGAAAGUUGUGUAUCAUGACGGGUGGACUGAAGCUGAGGGAUGUGAUGUAAAUUUCCAGUCAGAUGGUUUUGAACACACUAAUUCAACCCUUUCCCUUUAUGUACGUUAUCAUUUGAGAGCCCUGAAAUGUAACACAUCUGUGAGGAGUAUGGAAGAUUUAUUUUUUUUUCUCUCUCUUUUAUGUUACUGGAAAGCAUCGAGUUCUCAGUCACUCUGUAGCAAACAGUACACAGUGGAUUUGACAGUUGAUCUGUUUCAAUGCUUCUGUGUUUUGUAGUGUAGGACCCUUGGCCAUCUUCACUGUUUUCUUUUAAAUCCUAUGUAACAUGAAAUUAUAGUACAGCAGACGAUAAAUCAUGCUCUCUUUAAAAUAUGUACGAUCAUGUGUUACAUUUGCUGCAGCCACAACUUUGUUUUUGUUUUCUACACAUGCAACAAAACACAGGAUCAAUCUAUCAGUGAGUUGCUAUUCAUUGUACACAGGUUUGUACACAGAGACAUGGAUUCUUGUGACGCACUGAGGCUCUGAUGAUUAAGUCCCACGCAGGUUAAAUAUAUGAAAAAAAAAACAAAAACAUACUGAUAUAUAUAUAUAUUUUUUUUCUCUUUUUUUUUUUUUUUUAAUGACAAAAGCAAUACUGGAAACAGUCAUCCAGUGUCGGGCCCUGUUUAUUUAAUUCAUUAACUGUUAAAACACCACUGCCCCAUCUGGAAACUGGUGAAAUGCUAAUAAACUCAUCCUGCUGUUUCAUGGCUGCCACAUGGCAAUUAGCCGCUGAUGAAUCUCUUUAAAUGUCACUCCCUGAGAAGCCCACCGCUAAUAACCUAGAUGUGUUCCGGGCUGUCAGCGGAGAGCUUGAUACGAGGCAUGGUUUUAUUUGAAAGUUUUCACAUUUUAACUCAAAAGGUCCAGAUUUUUUGACUUGGCGGAGAACACGUACUUGUAAAUAUGCAUUUUCUAGGUAUUUACAAACAAGAACUUUGGGAGCGCCUCGAUUUUGUAGAAGCUGUUCAAAGAAGAGGUGAAGCCCUUUUUAAUUAUGCAAAUUCACAGAAAAUACAAACAAAAAAAAAGGUCAUUCUAGAAAUGGACAAGAGCCCGGUCAUAAGUUGCAACUUCUCAUUGUGACUUUCAGAUUUGUUUUUUUUUUGUUGUUGUUUUUUUUGUUUUUUUUUUUUAAAGAUGGUGACUGGCUGAUAUAGCAGAGGAGAAUUUAUGUUGCAGCUGUUGUAGGACGACUUAUUUUACUGUAAAAUACAUACUUUCAAGUACACGUUGCUGGAUUUGUCCUGUUUUCUCACGGCUGUGCAACAAUCAACUUGGAUUUUUAUUUUUAAAUGUGAAGUCUUGUUUUCUUUUCAUGCAUGUUCAGAUGACCUGGCUGGUUUUUAUCCCUGUUUUUAUCAGUUUGUAUUGAUUUAUGGAUUAAAAGAAAAUAUACAAAAACAAAAAAAAAAGCGAAAAUAUGUUUUUCUUCAACUUACAGAGUCAAUUUUUGGUAUAUGAUUUGAUGUGUACAAUAACUCGUGACAUUAUCUGCAAAACUAUUAUACUAUUUUACUAAUGUGUCAAUCAAAUAUGUAAUGGUCAUGUAAGUUCUUUUAAUUUUAAUUAUUUUUUUCUGCAGUUACUUAGCAGGCCUGAAGCUGAGGUUGCUCCCUGGGGUCUGUUAAAUGUUGCUUGAGGAGAUCACUUUUCCAAAAAAGCAGUCAUUGGCUAAUCUCUGAAGUUGUGCAAUACUAAUAUUUCACCGCUUCUACUGUUUUAUUAUUUAUUUUUUUAUUUUUGAAGCAGAAGAGAUUGAGCCAAAGACAUUUUAAAGGGAUUUUAGUUUCUUUUUUCUUCUUUUUCACUGAUUUUUUUAAAGCUCUGCCAAGAAACCCUUUUCUUCUUUCUUUUUUUUUCCUCAAGUGAUUUAGAAAACUUUGUCUAAAUGCCUAAAUUGGAAACAUUUUCUUGAAAACUGUCAGUUUUGCCCGUUAAAGAAAACAGUGAAGCCAACCUGUGUGUGGCAGAUGGAAAAGGGGAGCAACCUUUUGCCCAGCCAGCAGAGAGCACUGUGUUCAGCCUUCUCUAAAUGCCAUCUUUUCCUGUUAUCUGUUCGCUCUCCUCUGUUCUUCCCUCGCUGCAGUGAAUCAAUGGCACACCUGUUCUCCCAGCUUCCAAUCCCAUUGGUAUCUCCCUCGUGGGUACAAAAUAAUGAAUAGGUCUGUUUUGCUCUUCUUCAUUUCAGUUGGUGGUGGUUAUAAUAAAGGAUAUAGACUGUGUUUUAAAGGUUUAUUUUCUUUUUUUUUUUAUUUGUUUCUCUAUUAAAGUGUUUUUAUUGAAA